AUGCUUUUGAUGUAUUCGAUUCUGAAUUGGUCCUCUGGGUUGGCGAGCGGGACUGGGGGUAUUAAAGUGCUCAUCGCCGACACUAUUGUCUGCGAAGAGAAGGAAAAGAGGGAAAAGAUCAGAAAUCCCUCUGCACCUCCCCGGGUCAGCCCUCUGCGCCUCCCCGGGUCAGCCCUCUGCGCCUCCCCGGGUCAGCCCUCUGCGCCUCCCCGGGUCAGCCCUCUGCGCCUCCCCGGGUCAGCCCUCUGCACCUCCCCGGGUCAGCCCUCUGCACCUCCCCGGGUCAGCCCUAUGCACCUCCCCGGGUCAGCCCUAUGCACCUCCCCGGGUCAGCCCUAUGCACCUCCCCGGGUCAGCCCUCUGCACCUCCCCGGGUCAGCCCUCUGCACCUCCCCGGGUCAGCCCUCUGCACCUCCCCGGGUCAGCCCUCUGCACCUCCCCGGGUCAGCCCUCUGCACCUCCCCGGGUCAGCCCUCUGCACCUCCCCGGGUCAGCCCUCUGCGCCUCCCCGGGUCAGCCCUCUGCGCCUCCCCGGGUCAGCCCUCUGCACCUCCCCGGGUCAGCCCUCUGCGCCUCCCCGGGUCAGCCCUCUGCGCCUCCCCGGGUCAGCCCUCUGCGCCUCCCCGGGUCAGCCCUCUGCGCCUCCCCGGGUCAGCCCUCUGCGCCUCCCCGGGUCAGCCCUCUGCGCCUCCCCGGGUCAGCCCUCUGCGCCUCCCCGGGUCAGCCCUCUGCGCCUCCCCGGGUCAGCCCUAUGCACCUCCCCAUGUCACCCAUGUCAUUAAAGUCGGCAACGGCGUGGACGUGGAUGACGUGGACGUGGACGGCGUGGACGUGGAUGACGUGGACAUGGACGGCGUGGACGUGGAUGACGUGGACGUGGACGGCGUGGACGUGGAUGACGUGGACAUGGACGGCGUGGACGUGGAUGACGUGGACGUGGACGGCGUGGACGUGGAUGACGUGGACGUGGACGGCGUGGACGUGGAUGACGUGGACGUGGACGGUGUGGACGGCGUGGACGUGGACGUGGACGGCGUGGACGUGGACGACGUGGACGUGGAUGACGUGGACGUGGACGGUGUGGACGGCGUGGACGUGGACGGUGUGGACGGCGUGGACGUGGACGUGGACGGCGUGGACGUGGACGUGGACGGCGUGGACGUGGACGUGGACGGCGUGGACGUGGACGGCGUGGACGUGGACGGCGUGGACGUGGACAGCAGAUGUUUAAGUAUUUUCUGA